AAUCUUGCCACCCUCCAAUGCCCAUUAGCCUCUGCCACUCGCGACGGGGUCCAUCCUAUAUUCGUCUUCGCUUUCCUGUUCGCGCCUCCCGAAACCAACAACUUCACGAUUUCCAGGUGCCCAUGGCUUGCCGCAACAAACAGCGGAGUCUCUCCAUCUUCAUUCUUCGUCUCUAUGUUAGCGCCGUGCUCCACCAGCGCUUUUGACGUCGACUCGCGAUCAUACCACACAGCAGCAUGCAGUGGAGUCCACCCGCCUAGUGCCUUGACGUUCUUUUUAGCCUUUCUAUCCAAUAGCAGCAUUGUCACCUUCUCGUGCCCAGCCUUUGCAGCGGCGUAUAGAGGAGUCUUUUCGUCUCGGUCCCUCGCUUCUAUGUCGCUGCCCUGA